GUAGUGGUGAGUGGUAGUGGAGUGUGGAGUGGCUCUCGAGCGGCACGUAGCUACAGCGGUGGUACCACUGCACCGCCAGCUGCGGCAGAUUGUGUUGUGGUGCGAUGUGCGGAUAAUGUGCUUUCUAACUGGUACAAAGAUGCUACUCACCGUCCUCUUCAUGUACAUAGCAUCCGUGAGAUCUACCGAACCCGACACUAACAGUUCUGCUGAAGUGAAUACUGUCAAUUCCACUGCAUUUGAUUCUGUGCUUGUAAACGCCGACGAGCUUGAAAACAUUUGCACGACAUGUAUCAAAGUAAACGCGAAGUGUUACAACGUUUCAUAUCUCUUGGAACUCGACGCUCCAUUUAGAGAGACUGUAGUCGUAAGUAAGUUAGGCGUAAUGCGAGCUACUAAUAUGCUAUACUACAGUUUCGAGCCGAAGAUCGAAGAUGAAGAGUACUAUAAAAUUGGAUUUAUCAAUUUGGAUGACCCGAGUAACAGCAGUGUGAUAUCGGGAGGUAAACAAAUCAUGAACUUCGGUACCUUUGAUCUUGAUCAGGUUAACGGUUUGGCGUACUUGGGAGGCAGCGACGGUGUUUACGUGUUGGACACGAAACUGAACAGAGUGGCGCCGUACAGCUCUCGAGGGGACACGGUGAUGAGUUUAUUUUACAAGGGAGACAACAUUUAUUUCGUUAGAUAUGGAGAGUUCAAAAUUAUUAGGAAAAAAGGCGACACUUUCGACAUAUUACUCGACUUUAUGCCUGUUAAAAUGUUUGUUAUAAACAAGUAUAAUGUUAUUGUUUUCCUAAGUUUCUACGGAUUGUUUGUGAAGAGAGGUGACGAGACGAUGUGGUUGUCUAACAAUGCUUUUUUUAGAGGUUUAGUGAUGGAUAAUCAUGAUGGUAUCUACGCUUGGUGGAUAGACGGCGUCUAUCAAGUUAUAAUCGAACCUAAGUUAGCGGAGUCUAGGAUUGUGAGAGUCGCCCAUAUACCCUCGAUUGGCGCGGUAACUUUUGACAAGGAUAAUAAUUUUCUGUUCACUGCAGGCAAAAGUUUGUACAGGCUAACUGAAACGACAUGGAAAGUUUGUUAAUUAAUGUAGCAAUGCUCCGUUUUGGAGGUAACUUGAUGCCAAUUUUGUUUUAAUUGUUAACAUUGAUUCAACUAAAUUAAACUGACGAAAGUCCAGUAGCAUGACUAAUAGGUAGAGACAAUGAAUAGUUUACUGAAUAUAUUUCCUUUAACUGAUUGUCAUAGUUUAACCUUAACGUAACUUUAACCACCUGUCAUGUAAAUACACUUAAACAGAGCUAGCCUUUGUACAAAUAAUCUUAGUAAUUAUUGCUAAAUAUUUUAAAGAAAAUAUCUGCACUGAUUUAUCUGGUUUCCAAUAAAAAUAUAACUCAUCUACAUACAGUUUUCUAAUAAUGUGAAGUAAAAGUUAAGAUUUUUUAUUGUAAUUAUUUGUGCCAUUUUAGGGCAGUUACAGACUAGCGUUUUUUCUGCGCGUGCUAUGCUCGUUUCGGCACAGCGUUUCGCGCUUCAAUAAAUCAGACGCGAUCGCUGGCAUCUUCGCUCAAACCCAUAUUACGCUAGUGAGUGAAUCCAUACCAAUAUGUAAAAGUAUUUGUAAAAGGAUUUUUGAAUAUUUUUUUCUAUUUCUAUGUAUUCUACGCUCAUUACGAGAUGUACGUGCGACAAAAGGCGUGCGCAUGGUACGUACGCACAAAAACGAGCUUAUUUGCGAAAAAAACGCUAGUCUGAAACUGUUCCUGUUAGUGUUUCAGUAGCGAUUACUUAAAAAACCUUUUGUAAUUUAAUUUUAAGAAAUAAAAAUAAUUUC